AUGGUUGGGUGGAGCUACCUCCACCUCGUCCUCGGCUUCGAUGCCGCUGUGUACACCAUCCAUACCUGGCUGGACGCUCGACAGCUACGGGCCCUGCGCCGGGCCCACCCCCCCAAAGAGCUGGCGCACCUGUACCUGGCCCCGCAGGACUACGCCAGCAAGCAGGCGUACAGCCUGGACAGCCUCUGCUUCGGCAUGGCGCGCGGCGCCUUUGACUCCGCCCUCUCCGCAGCGCUGCUCCUUUCCGGCUUCCUGCCCUGGUCCUGGAACGCGGUGGGCCACCUCCUCGGCGGUGCCCACCGGCCCAUCGCACAGGCCGUGCUCUGGACGCUGCUGACCAGCGGUCUGAACGCCACGCUGGGCCUGCCCUGGUCCCUGGCGCGGACCUUUGGCCUGGAAGCCCGGCACGGCUUCAACAAGACCAGCCCCGCCACGUUUGCAAUGGAUGCUCUCAAGUCCCUGGGCCUGGGCCUGGCCCUGGGGCCACCGCUGAUCGCCGCCGUGGCUUUCAUCCUGGAGAGGGCUGGGCCCUGGGUGGCGCUGCACCUCUGGGCCUUCCUCCUGGCCAUGAGCAUGGUAUUGAUGGCGCUGUACCCCAGCGUCAUCGCGCCCCUUUUCAACAGCUUCACGCCCCUGCCGCAGGGCCAGCUCAGGGAGGAGAUCGAGGCGCUGGCGGCCUCGCUCCACUUCCCCCUGACCAAGCUCUUUGUCAUCGACGGCUCCAAGCGCUCCGCCCACUCCAACGCCUACAUGUACGGCUUCUGGAGGAACAAGCGCAUCGUGCUCUACGACACCCUCAUCGAGCAGUCCAGCGUGCCCCAGGCAGGUGGCUGGGCUGAGGUGGUGGCCGUGCUGGCCCACGAGCUGGGGCACUGGGCGUUGGGGCACACGCCGCGCCUCCUCGCGGCGGCCCAGGUCCAGAUUCUGGGCCAGCUGGCGCUGUUCACCGCGCUGCGGGCAAGCCCCACCCUGGCCUCCAGCUUUGGGUUUGACCCUGUGACCUCGCCCCCCUUCAUUGCCUUUGUGCUCUUCCAGUACUUAUCGGGGCCCCUGGACGAGGCGUUGGGCUGCCUGAACAACUACGUGACGCGGCGUUUCGAAUUCCAGGCUGACGCGUUUGGCGUCGCGCAGGGCCGCGCCGAGGACCUCAAGGCCGCGCUGCUGGUCUUGGACAAGGAGAACAAGUCGCCGCCGCACACUGACCCGCUUUACUCGGCCUACCACUACAGCCACCCGCCCCUGCUGGAGCGGCUGAGGGCGAUCGACGCCGCCGUGGCGCGGGGCGGCAGCUGCGCUGCGGAGGUCAAGAAGAAGGAAUGA